UGUGGCUCCUGUGGCUGCUGCCAGUCCAGCUGCUGCAAGCCCUGUUGCUGCCAGUCCAGCUGCUGCAAGCCCUGCUGCUGCCAGUCCUGCUGCUGCAAGCCCUGCUGCUGCCAGUCCUGCUGCUGCAAGCCCUGCUGCUGCCAGUCCUGCUGCUGCAAGCCCUGCUGCUGCCAGUCCUGCUGCUGCAAGCCCUGCUGCUGCCAGUCCUGCUGCUGCAAGCCCUGCUGCUGCCAGUCCUGCUGCUGCAAGCCCUGCUGCUGCCAGUCCUGCUGCUGCAAGCCCUGUUGCUGCCAGUCCAGCUGCUGCAAGCCCUGCUGCUGCCAGUCCUGCUGCUGCAAGCCCUGCUGCUGCCAGUCCUGCUGCUGCAAGCCCUGCUGCUGCCAGUCCUGCUGCUGCAAGCCCUGUUGCUGCCAGUCCUGCUGCUGCAAGCCCUGCUGCUGCUCUUCCGGCUGUGGGUCCUCCUGCAGCCAAUCCAGCUGCUGUGUCCCCGUUUGCUGCCAGUGCAAGGUCUGAGGCUCUGGCUUAUGGCCUCAGGGAGCUCCGAAAGACCUGUGCUUCCCCUCAAGUGACUAUAGGUACAUCCUGGUUACACCCCCCCCAAAAAAAACACACAAAGCCCGCCCCCCAAACACUUCCUCUCCGCUUGCUGGAUCCCUCCAGUGUCUUGGCUUAGACUUUGCCCCCAGCCCUUGUGGCAAAGCAAUGGACUACUCCCAUACACAUUCCCUACAAAGGCGAUCCCAUCCUGCAGGCCCUUUGGCCUCUCCUACUGCCAUGCCUUCAUGCCUGAGCCACACUACCUGGAAAAGGCCCACGGCGCCAGGACGUGGCCCACAUCCCCCUCUCUCAUCAUUCUCUGUGUCAAAGCACCACAUCCUUGCUCUCCUCUGCUUGCUAGGACCUUGAUGGCAUUGGCAUCGCAAUGUCUCCCGGAAGCUGCCUCACUAACACAGGUGUGUUAAGAUCCGAUGGGUCUUGGUGCACCACCCCCAUACGUGGUCAAUAAACUCUCCCCCCAUA